GUGGCCCCUUAUAAGUGGGUAGAAUGUCGCACAGAGGGGCCGAGCGGGAUCUGCAGUCUUCCGCUCGCAGGAUGGGCACCUCGCUGCUUCUGCAGCUCUCUGUGCACGAGCGAGAACUCGACUUGGUCUUUCUGGAUCACAGCUACGCCAAGCCAUGGAGCGCCCACCCUGACGCCAGUAACGCCAGACCGACGCGGACCCUCUUCAUCACCCCGCGGAGGCAGCAGGAGACUGUCGUAGAGACAGAUGUCCCUAUCGAUGUUGAGACUGUCACUCCCAUCCCAAUGCCGCUGUAUGACAAUCAGAAGGCGAGGAGUGUGAUGAAUGAGUGUGAGCGGCAUGUGAUCUUUGUACGGACAGAUACAGAAGCACCCCCCCCACCCGAUGACUGGGAGGAACAUGUAAACAGGACUGGGUGGACUUCGUCUCAGAACAAGCUUUUCAACAAGAUCCUGAAGGCUCUGCAGUCGGAUCGGCUCGCUCGACUCGCCAAUGAGGGAGCUGCCAACGAACCGGUGCUGCGAAGGAUCUCUGUGGAUAAAUGUGCUCGGCGUAUCCGUCAGGCUCUAGCCUCUGUAAGCUGGGAGACCAAGCUGGUUCAAUGGCUGCACUCCACCCUAGUGGAGACCCUCAGUCUGCCGUUGCUUGCUGCGUAUCUGGAUGCUUUGCAGACUCUAAAAGGCAAGAUCCCAGCUCUCAUUGACCGAAUGUUGCUCACCUCCACCGUAAGGGCAGGAGGGGCCAGCGCAGAAGCACUUUCCCUGCUCCUGAAGAGGCCUUGGGACCCGGCAGUUGGGGUCUUGUCACAUAACAAGCCGAGCAAGCUUCCUGGCUCUCCUCUCAUCCUCAUCGCCCCGUCCGGACCGAGCAGCGCGGUGUUUCCUACAUCACGGAGGCAGCGCUUCUGGCAGUCUCAGCUCUCCUGCUUGGCCAAGGUAAUCCCUGUUGGUGCUCAGCUGGUUAAUAGCGGCAGCGGCAUCUCCACGUCCCAGUGCUUGGAAAACAUGAUUGGCAGCUUGCGAGGAAAAGUGAUUGAGAUUCACAAUCACUUCCCACAUAAACCAGUGAUUCUCAUCGGCUGGAACACAGGAGCGUUGGUUGCCUGUCACGUAUCUUUGAUGGAAUAUGUGACUGCCGUGGUGUGCCUUGGAUUCCCCCUAGUUACUAUUGACGGACCCCGGGGGGACGUCGAUGAUCCUCUUCUUGAUAUGAAGACCCCGGUGCUUUUUGUCACUGGACAGAACGCCUUAUUGUGCCACCCAGAAGCAAUGGAGGAUUUCCGAGAGAAGCUCAGAGCCGAUAACAGCCUAGUGAUUGUUGGAGGAGCUGAUGAUAAUCUCCGGAUAAGUAAAAUGAAAAAGAAAACUGAGAGUCUGACACAAAGCAUGGUGGAUCGAUGUAUCCAGGAUGAAAUUGCUGAUUUUCUGGCAGGGGUCUUGACCCGAACAGAAGGCCACGCAGGGUCAGACCCUCGAGAUCUCGAUGCAGAAAAAAAGAAGAAGCCUCGAGAGUUCUUGCGCCGGGACCUGUCUCUGGAUCUGUCGGAGAGGAGCAGCAGACCAGCUUCCCCGGCAGCGCGAUUCCCUGCUUCCCCUUCCGGCUCUGAGGAUCUAUCAAGCAUUUCCAGCAGUCCAGCCUCGAGCCCAAAGACCAAAUUAACUUCUGUUCCGACCCCGCAUAAGCCUGGACAGACAACCGUGCCGCUGAAAACCCAAAUCCAAAGGGCAGGGAGCACAGUGAGCCAAAAACAGGCACAAGCCCAGUUUGCCGCUUUCCUGAAACAAAACAUGCUGGUGAGGAAGUCCCUUCCUACAGGAUCACCGUCAUGCGUCUUUGUUCCUGUCUCUUCGGAAUCUGCAGAUGCUGCGGAGAAGGACGACGGCCGGGGGCAGCUGAAGAGACCUCCGAGCCCGGGGGCUACACCUGGUUUGAAACCUUCCAAGAGAGCCAAAAUUAAAGUGACCAUUGUCUCGCACGGGGAUGCGCCAGGCGGGGGAACCUCCAGCCAGGAAGCCGCAAAGUCUACAGCCACAACGGUUGGCCAGUCUGCCAUGAGCACCAAAGAUCUGACCAGCCUCCUCACCGCACCCAAGUUAGGCCUUGACAGCACCCCACCGAGCUCAUCCCACUCCGCAUUGAUUCCGAACACCUCUACCCCUAGCGCCUUUCAUUCCAUCCAAGGCCGCCUGGUGUCCACCCUUACCCCUGGUACGCAGAAUCAGCCAUCUAGCACAUUGCCAGUUUCAGGCGCUGGAGCUUCAGCAAGUAGCCUUCUGCAGGGCUUGAGUUUUAGCUUGCAAGACAUAGGAGGUAAACCUUCGGCUCUCCCAAAUACCUCUGCUGCCCCCGUAUCAAACACUCAGACUCUGGCAGUCAAAGCUCCUGCCCAACUUCAAGGCUUGGCCACGGUAACUUCGGGAAGUAGCGCUAUCAUGCGCACCAUUCCAGUGGUGACUUCUUCCUCUCUUGUAGCCUCAUCUGGGGGGAAACCUUCUUCCAUACAUCAUCUGCUCACCAAUGGUGGCUUAGCCAAGCUGGCAAGCAGUCUACCUGGCCUGGCACAGUUAUCCAGUCCUUCAGGCUUAAAGGCCCCAACCACCAUUACAGUCACUCUGCGUGGUCAACCUACUCGUGUGACCACCCUUAGCCAGGCCGGAAUGGGAGCCACCCCAACCCGACACGAGGAUACCACCCAGCAAGUGGCCUCUGACUCGCCCCCCACUUGCACCAUCUCUGCUAGCAAACUUCUUCCCCCUACUGUAACCGAACCGUGCAGAGCCCCCGCAGCCAGCGACAGGACCGCAGCGGAUAAACCCCUGUCUGCGGCACGAGCCGUUACCCCUCCAGCAGUGACCACCAGUCCUCCGAAGACUCUAUACGUCAUGUCUGAUGCCAAGCUCUCUGCGCUGACCAAGUCUGUGGUCAGUGAUGUGACUUCUUUACCUUUGAAACCCAUGGCUCUUCAAGGAUCCUCUAGUGUCUCCCCAGGAGCUGUAACCUUUACCACCCCAUCACUUGCAAAUACAACCAACCCAACUUGCACAGUAGUGUUGUCCAAGAUUGGGCCAGUCCUGCAGGCGCCCCAAAAAACUGUCAUCCUGGCAAAGGCAGAGACGGGAGAGAAGACGCCAGGGAACCAUGUGAUGGGUGCCGUGGAAAGCCUGGGCAGAGUGCCCUCUGUUAUUGAUGAAGGCAGCACCAUUAUACACAGCCGUGAGUCGCUGGUCAAUAGGCAGCUUCUGCAGCCUGCCUUGAUAGCGCUGUCUGGAACUAGUAAUAUGGCUCCCAAUACAGGGACACCCAACAACCAAAAACAGUGACCCGCGGACUCUGUUCUUCUGAAAAAUAUUUCUUUAGUUGUGUAAGACGUCAUGUCUUCUAGAGAACCUUCUCUUGGUUGGAGGAUAGAAGCAGUCUGAAACGGAAGGAUGCUAGACUUGUGCUUGGGCUUUAUCCUAGUCAGCGAAGGAAGCAGUUGGUCCAACCACCAUGAUCGCCGUGAGCUCUGCCCCAACUGCAAUGACGACGAAAGGAGGUCCAACACAGAAGGGUGGCUUGUGGUGUAAACCAAAGCAUUGUCUACCAUCAGUGUAACUUAUAUCCAGGCAAUAGCCUUCCUCGAGCAGUAAAUAUUGUCUGUUAGUGGUCAUGUACCGAUGAGAACAGUACUAGGUAGUACAGCUAUGCCUUUGUUCAGCCUGUACUAAGUGAAGUUGUGGUCUUCAAUAUGUCAUUCUCUUAAUGACAAGUUUCUGCGACAUGACUGUAAAAGAUACAGGCUUUUCACAUGCUAUGCCAGGUAUGUAUAAUAUAUGUAACAACGCAAAUAUUACAAUGUUAGGUUGUUCUAAACCUACUCUACUUUUCUUUUUUUAGCAGCCUUUGAAAAAGUUGCUAUUUGCCAUUUAAUGUUUUGCUAUUUAAUGUACUUAUUUUGUCUGCAGUAAUUCUGUGUAAAUAACAGUGGUGUCAAACAUGCAAAUUGUAACAAUCGAAUAGUUUGAAAGUAACCAGGAUCGAUGAUAAAUAUUUUUAUACCCAA